AUGGCUCGUCUAGUCGAAUCCGACACCAUGCAUACGUUUCUGGACCCGCCAGAAGAAGAGGACCUGGAGCUUCAGCAUAUGGACUCGCACCGUCACUUUGAACCCCUGGACUACGACACCAAGCCCAUCUUAGCGGAGGACGCGCUAGAUCCCACCCCCACCGAGCGCGGCAAAUCUACUGAAGAGGUCUCUUAUUUGAAGCUGGUGCCGUUGACGAUCGCAUUAUGCCUGGCUAUGCUCUGUUUGUCCCUGGACGGGACGAUCCUCGCUACGGCGAUUCCCAAAAUUACCAAUGCAUUUAAUUCUCUGGAUGAUGUCGGCUGGUACGGGAGUGCGUACCUCUUUACUAACUGCACUGUGCAACUGCUAUUCGGCAAGCUGUACACCUUCUACUCCGCGAAAUGGGUGUUUCUGUGUGGCCUGGCCAUUUUCGAGAUCGGCUCGCUGAUCUGUGCCCUCGCGCCGAAUUCGGUCUCUCUCAUCAUCGGCCGUGCAAUUGCAGGCCUGGGCGCCGCGGGUUUGUUUUCUGGUGCGAUUAUCAUCAUCGCCAACACCGUUCCGCUGCGCAUUCGUCCGGUUUAUAUCGGGAUUCUGUCGAGUAUGCACGCCGUCGCCAGUGUGGCUGGUCCAAUCCUGGGCGGUGCUUUUACAGAUAAACUGACCUGGCGCUGGUGCUUCUGGAUUAAUUUACCUCUCGGCGCUGUCACUGCCAUUGCCAUUCUCACUCUCAUGCCGACUCGGACGGCGAAUGUUCAGCACCUGCCAUGGAAAGAGCAAAUCCAGCAUUUCGACCUGCCCGGCACUCUCACCAUGAUCCCAUCGAUUAUUUGUCUUCUACUCGCCCUGCAGUGGGGUGGCUCGACAUACCCCUGGAAGAGCGGCCGCAUCAUCGCCCUGAUGGUGCUCUUCGUUGUCCUGUUCAUCGCCUUUCUCGGAAUCCAAUAUUGGCAAAAGGACCGCGCCACCGUCCCCGUCCGCCUCAUGAAGAACCGAAGCGUUUUUGGUGCUGCCUGGUUCGCCUGCUGUAUCUCAGCACCGAUGUUCGUCGUCGCAUACUACCUCCCCAUUUGGUUCCAAGCCAUCAAAGGCGUAACCGCCACCCAAUCUGGCAUCGACAACCUCCCCAGUCUAAUCGGCAUCGUAAUCUUCGCCAUCAUAGCCGGCGGCCUCGCCUCCGUAAUUGGCUACUACACGCCCCUCGUCCUCAUCUCAUCAGUCCUUACCUCCAUCGCCGCCGGCUUGCUCACAACCCUAAAUGUCGACUCAGGCAUGCCGCAAUGGUUCGGCUACCAAGUUUUACUCGCCGCAGGCGUCGGUUUCGGUUGCCAAAACGUGAUGCUCGUCUCCCAAGUCGCCGUCCACUCCGAUGACAUGGCAAUCGCCACCUCAAUCCUAACAUUCGUCCAAACACUGGCCGGAACAGUCUUCCUCUCCGUCGCCGAAAGCGUCUUCCAAAAUAGUCUCAUGACCAACCUCCUCUCCUCCCUCUCAAAAUCAAAUGCAGCCCUCGUCCUCGAAGGCGGCGCAACCGGUUUCCGCAACACAGUCCCAAAAAGCCUACUUCCGCCCAUCAUGUUCGCGUACAAUGACGCCGUCAUGCAGACAUUUUACGUCGCUGUCGCGACGGGAAGUAUCUCCAUCCUCGGACCCAUUUUCAUGGAGUGGUUGUCCAUCAAGGAGCAACCGGAGACGCCAGCCGAGAAGCAAGAGACGCCUUCGCCGCAGAUUCAGCAGUCGGAAGCUGCGCUGGCCAGGAGACGGACUAUCCGCAUGAGUUCGAUUGGUAUGGGUGGGCCGCAUGGUGGACGGCUUAGUACUCUUGGUGCUGCACCGGCGCCUGGAAAUGGGGGCUGGGUUUAG